CAACCAUCCACUCUUGCACCAAUCAAUCAGUCCUCCCUCACCGUCCCAUCUGAGAGCAGGUCCUCGUUCCCAUUCUCUGCCUCCCGGGACUUUUAUAUUUAUAUCUCCCUUCUUCGUCUCCCUCACUUCCUGCACAUAUUAACGUAUACCCAACAACAACCACUCCCUUCUUUCCCUUCCCCUCCAUUCUCCCCCUCUCUCUCACCGUCUCUUCCUCUCCCUCUCUCGAUCAUCACCUAAUCCUCACUCACUCACUCACAAUGUCCCAAUCACUCCCCUCAAACGUCCACGUCUCCUCGCAUCCCUGUCUCCAAGCCAAGCUCUCGCAGCUGCGGGACAGCACCGCCAAUUCACGAGAGACCAAGGCCCUCAUCCACGAGAUCUCCCUCAUCAUAGGCUGUGAAGCCCUCGCCGCCAGCCUCACCACCAAGAGCGGUCCUCCCGCCAAAUCCCCCCUCGGCUAUGAAUACACCACCACUACCAUCUCGCCCUCCACCAUCUCCCUCGUUCCCAUUCUACGAUCGGGACUCGGUAUGGUCGGUGCCAUAGAAACCCUCCUCCCCGCCCCCGUCCCCAUCCACCACCUCGGACUCUUCCGCGAACCCUCCACCCUCCAACCCGUCGAGUACUACAACAACCUGCCCUACCACCGGCCCUCCUCCCCGGGCGCCUCCCCCGCCUCCUCCCUCGCCAUCCUCCUCGACCCCAUCAUCGCCACCGGCGGCACCUGCGCCGCCGCCAUCCAGACCCUGAAGGAGUGGGGCGUGCAGCGGAUCCUCGUGAUCGCCGUCCUGGGCGCCCUGCCCGGCGUCCUGAAGGCCGCUGAGGAGUGGCCCGAGGGCACUGAGAUCUGGGUCGCUGGCGUCGAUGAGCAGGUUGAUGCGAAGGGCAUGAUUAGACCCGGCCUGGGCGAUGUAGGGGAUCGCUUGUUCUUGACGAUUGGGAAAUAAUAGCUGGAUGGAUGGAUGGAUGGGUAAUGGGGGAUCUGACUGACUGAUUGCU